AUGAAGUCCUGUUUUGGAAGAUGGUUAGCAUCUACUGAUUGGUCAUUCCUUGAAACACUAUCAAACUGUACGGAAAAACUCGCUGCUUUCCAAUCUUUGCUAAAUUUUGCUAUCGAAAUUUUCUUCCCACUCCGAAAAAUCAAGCAACACCCAACAGACAGGCCUUGGAUUACUCCUGAACUGAAGAGUCUAAUCCAGCAACGACAACAAGCAAUGGCCAAAGACCCGCCUGUUUACAAAAAAUUGAGAAAUAAAGUUAACAGGCUAAAUAACAGUCUUAGGAGUUCCUUUUUUGCAAAUAAGGUAAAAAACUGUGACAAUGUAGCUUCCUGGUGGAAAUCCAUCAAACAACUUGGAGGACUUCCUAAGAAAUUACCAGUAUCCAAUGUUUUUGUAUCGGGCAAAGAAUUCCAUUCAACCGAAUUAGCAACAAAAAUUAAUGAAAGCUUCCUGUGUAUCACAAACUCUCUACCACCUCUAAACAGCCAAUUGGAAAACGUUGAAACUGAUCCUGCAGUAGUUAACGAAAUUAUUUCAAAAUACCACAUCUCUCCUGAAGAUGUUUUUACGAAGCUCUCCAACCUCAAACGCACUAAAGCCUCGGGUCCUGACAACUUACCAAGUUGGGUCUUAAACGAGUUUGCCAUGGAACUCUCAUCACCCGUUGCUGAAAUUUUUAACGCGUCAAUCCAAGAGAGAGUCGUACCCGUUUCAUGGAAAGUAGCAGAUGUAAUACCUAUUCGUAAAACAGAUAAGGUUAAGGAAAUUGAAAAUGAUCUACGCCCAAUAUCUCUAACACCAAUUCUCUCAAAACCCUUGGAACAUUUUGUCGCAGAGUGGAUUAUGUCACAGAUCAGACACCUCGUUGACAGGAAACAAUUCGGAUCACUCGCCGGCUUAUCUACAACUCACGCUCUUCUAUCCUUUUUUCAUCAUCUGUAUGGAACUACCGACCAAUCUGACCAAUGCGUGCGUGUGCUGCUUCUGGAUUUUAGUAAAGCCUUCGACAAGAUUGAUCACCAUAUUCUUAUCAAGAAGAUGGAGGAAAUGGCCAUCGAUCCCGUUCUUAUUGCAUGGGUAAAACAGUUUCUUACUGGCAGGAAACAGCGAGUGAAGAUAGGUAAAUACACCUCAAGUUUCGAACCAGUGAACGGUGGGGUUCCACAAGGCACUGUCUUAGGUCCGAUUCUAUUUAUGAUUAUGACAAACGAUUUGUUGGUUGAUUGGGACGAUAGAUGGAAAUAUGUUGAUGAUUCGUCUGUUUCAGAAACCCUUUCUAGAAACCAAGAUUCGAACUUUCAAACUAUUUUAGAAGGAAUUACGCAGUGGUGUGCAAGAAAUAACAUGUCCUUAAACCCCCGUAAAUGCAAAGAAAUCCUCGUUUGUUUUUGGAAAAACAAUCCAAAUUUCCCCCCAAUGAUCGUUGACGAACAGCCCAUUGAAGUUGUGAAAUCCGCUAAACUCCCUGGCUUAAUUUUCAAGGACGACCAAAAGUGGAAUGACCACGUGGCUCACAUAGUGAAAAAAUCCGCAAAACGCCUUUACAUGCUUAG